CGAAAUGUUCCUCUGCUGCAAAGCCGACCGUGAUAUCGCAGCCCAGCUUAGUGCAUGAGCUUAGAAAGAUGAAUUCUCUUCUUUUGUUGUCGUUUCUGUGGAGUGUAGUUACAGCAGAUAUCUACUUGCACAAUCCUAGGGGAUGCAACAACCGACUUGAUGAAGCUCGAAGAGAGCGAAACAAUGCAAACAGACUGUUUGACUCUCAGAACAACAAUCGUGGUGGUUACAAUGUUGGAAAGCUGUAUUAUUAUGAAAGUUCAGUCUUGUCUAUUGAGUGGACAAAUCAACAUUCUUGUGCAGACCCAAACAACCACUGUGACAUGAUUUUACAGUACAUGUGCGGUGAUAAUGUACGAAAUGGAAUCACAACACAAACCAUUCCAGAUAAUCCAGCCUUGUGUAAGAAUUAUGACUGCAACAACGAUGUUAGAUUUGGAAUGCAUGAGGACUAUGAUUACUACAUGGAUUGUAAAUACAGGAACAGAAACAAAGGGCUGUUUACUGCUGAUCAGAAACUAAAAAAGGAGUCAGCCAUUUCCACAAGACAAAAUCCAGGAGGAACAAGGCGUGGCUACGAAUGUCCAGAGGAGAGAGAUUAUUACCCAUACUGGCACCCCAGCCCAUGGAAGGACAUUGCCGUGUUAACCAAUAAUAUUUCCAAGUGUGAUAUGUACCAAUCAGAAAGCCAGAAUGUGAAAGAACGCUGGGGCUGUGAAUUGUCCAAAGAGUACCUGACGAAAAUGAAAUGGAGGAAUUAUAAAAUACCAAACAAUGAAGAGGAAUGCAAGGCAAAGAAUGCUACCUGGAAGAAGUUUCCAUCACAUGACCUUCCCCCUCCAGAAUGCCGGGAAUCCGACUGGUCACGUGACAAUCACCUUGGCAACGGAAAGGGAGGCUAUGCCAAUACUUACAACUGGACUUUACCCGAUUUGAGCCACGAAAAUUGUGUCUUACGGAUGAGAUACAACAUUUCCACCGGUGAUUAUGACGGCUGGGAUUCCUCAGUUAAUAGCUCCAUGAACGGCUUAAAACAAUCCAAGCUGGACAUUGGAGAAAAAUACGGCAUGAACAGCACUGUGGCUACUCAGAGAGGUUAUGUCUACAAACAAAACCCUGAAGUCAAACUGUUUCCAUCUUUUGAUCUUAAACUCAGGCUGGCAAUUAAUACUAACCAGUAUGGGCGUGUCUUUCAAGAUAGGUAAGUUCAACUAGAGAUUAAAGGCGUAAAGUAAAGCUUGUUAAAAACUAGUGGCUCGUAAAACCUCUUGGUGGACUAUCUACGAGUAAACAGUGAUGAAAGUCUUACAAAUUAAAUCAGGUUCAAAAAUUGCGAAUAUACUAAAUGGAACGCACUGAAUGCAUGCUAAUUUUAAAAAAAAGAAACAAAAAACGAAGACUUCUUGUUGCCAAUGGUGUAAACACUCAAGAAAGUUUGGGAGAAUUCAGAACAUUACAACUUAACAUGUAAAGCUGAGUUUCAAAUUCUCCCAUGCUGACUGAGGCCCCGUCCACACUACGCCGAAAUUUGAAAA